AUGCCGUCUUUCACAGAGGAUAAUCUAACAUUCGAUCCCGUGGAGGAUGUGGUCGCUGCCUUUAAAAACGGCCAGUUCGUAAUCGUCCUCGACUCUCAAGACCGCGAAAAUGAAGGCGAUCUAAUCAUCGCCGCCGACGCCGUCACAGAAGCCCAAAUGGCCUUUCUCGUGCGCUACUCUAGCGGCUACGUCUGCGCUCCCAUCCUGCCUUCACACGCCGACAAACUCCUUUUACCUCAGAUGGUAAUUAACAAUGCUGAUCCAUUGAUUACUGCCUAUACGAUAUCUAUUGACUCGAAUGAUGCGUCUGUGACAACCGGUAUAUCGGCACAUGACCGCUCAUUGACGUGCCGGCAAUUGGCAGACCCCAACAUUAAAGCGGAGAAUUUUAGACGACCAGGUCAUAUUCUACCCCUAAGGGCGAGGGAAGGUGGUGUUAGGGAGAGACGGGGUCAUACAGAGGCUGCGAUUGAUUUGUGUCGGUUGGCGGGUCGGAAUUUGGCGGGCGUUAUUGGCGAGCUUGUGGAGGAAGGGGAGGUGGUUGACGGUGUGGCCGAGGUUACGGGGAAUAAUGGUAUGAUGAGGAGGGAUUCCUGCCUCAAGUUUGGUAGGAGGUUUGGAAUCAAGGUUACGACGAUUGAGGAUAUGGUUGCAUACCUUGAAAAGGUGGACCCGCAGGGAACUUUUGAUUUUGUUAAUGGGAAGGCUUGA